UGAAGUGUCAAAUGAAAGGGUUUGGCCUCUGGAUGUGCAGUAAGGAUAUAUUUUUUUAAAAGGGUGCCACCUACCACCCCUACCAACAAAAUUUAUAGCGAAUUUACAAUUUAGUAGCUUUCGAAACUAUACCGAGAAAGAAACCCCAAUUUUCAUUUAUAAAAACUGUGCAUACAUACAUAUGUAAUUGUACGUACUGAUGAGAUACCUAACGGUUCCUCACUGACUAAUAUGUUAAACAAAUACCAAUUCAGACUAUAUUGGUCUGGAACGUUAAAUCUAAAUUGUCAACGUCUGCAUGGACUCCUCUUUCUUUUUAUAAGAAUCGGUGGAGGUUAAGUAACUCGAAGCUGUAAAACAAAAUAUAAUAUUUCCUUCUCUAACGGCAAUUUUACACGGGGUUUUGUCAAGAUUGAGCCUAAAGCCCAAUAUUUUUGCAUCACACGAUUGGGCUACCGUUGCACCAAAUUUUAUAUUGUUAUUAUGUGUUCUAAAGAUGCAGCAAAUCUGACCAUAAAUUUUAAGGAUAGAUCUCAAUUAGAGGUGGGCGCGGGAUAUCGGGACCCGCGGGACCCACGGUACCGAUUUCAAAAUGGCCGGGAUGGGCGGUAUCGGGAUGGUCUGUAAAAAUUUUACGGACGUAACGGGACCAAAAUCUUUUCCCGAUACUCCCGAUAAAACCUCAACCUCUGCAAAUUGAGAAAAUCUUCCUUGAAAAAGUUGUAUAAAAUUGGCACUUCUUAUGUUUUAUUGAGAUAAUCAGAGGAUGCUCGUUUUUUAUACAUGUUUUUUUUUUUAUUUAAAAUUAAUUUAAAAGACAUGUGAUUUUUUUAGAGAUAAAUUUCGGGGCCCACGAGCCCGCGGUACAAUUAUGAAAAACUUCGGGGUGGGCGGGUUCGGAACUUAGAAAUUGAAUAAGUGGUUCCAGAUAUAAGCGAGGAAAUUACAUUUUGUAUGCGAGGUGCCUCAUCCUCCUUUCGAAUACGCAUAACUUUUCGCCAUAAGUUCGGUAAUCAUAACAUAUGCAGCUGUGUCAAAUUUCAGAACGAUAGCAUACGCGGUUACACAGAUUUAGCGAAAUAAGAAGUUCACUUUGUAUGGGAGGUUUUCAAUACCUACCACUUGUCGUCAUAAGCACGUUAUUGAUAGCGUUAAUAGCUGUGUCAAAUUUCAGGGCGUUAGCAUAAGCGGUUCCAAAGAAAAAUUAUAUGAGAAUUUCAGUUUAUAUACCACGCCCCCUUUUACAAAAUCUACAACUUUUCGCGGAAGUACAGUAUAGAUAACAUAUGUUCCUGUGUCAAAUUUCAGGACGUUAGCAUUAGCAGUUUUAGGGAUAAGCGCUAUGAGGUUUCAGUUUGUAUGGGAGGUGUCAUGCCCUCUUCCAAAAUCUACCACUUUUCGCCGUAAGUACGGUUUUGAUAGCAUAUAUUAUUUUAGGUCGUUAGCAUAAGUGGUUCCAGUGAAAGGCGAUAUCAGAAUUUUAGUUUGUAUAGGUGGUGCCACGCCCCCUUUUCCAAUAUUUACCACUUUUCGCCAUAAGUACGGUACUGAUAACAUAUGUGGCUAUGUCAAUUUUCAGGAAAUUAGCAUAAUGGCCGGUUUUCGCUAUGUCAAAUUCAAUGGCACAUUUUGUCAAAUUAAUGGAAACGCUUGCCAUUUGGUGCCAUUGCCAUCUUUUGUCAAUCUAUGACAAAAGUUUUAAUAACAGAAACAGGGAACUCAGUGGAAACACCACAGUCUGUGCUUGUCAAUCAAAAUAUUGUCAAAUGGCAUCACAAAUCAAAUUGACAACCUGUUGACAUUUUCCCGCAUUUUUUAAGAAUAAACAUACAAAGCAGCAGUGAGAUACUAAUUGUGCUAUUUUUGCAAUACAUUGGUAAGAGUUUGUUCUUUUAAUAAAAACUAUAUUUUCUGUUUGAAUUGCAAUACUGUAAUUACCAGUAAAGGAAGAAAGCUACGAAAUCAUCGCAUCUGCAUCCCAUGAUAGCAGACCAGCAAGAGAAUCCGGAAACUCGAAGAAAAAUGGACAAGCGCGAGACGGAGAAAUUGAACGAGCACGUACAGCUAAGAGAAGGAACCUGGAAUAUUCUUACUACAACUUAUAAGGAUCGAAAUUUACGGGAGGCGCUCUGGAAGGAGAUAGCUGGCGAAAUGAAGAUGGUACCGUCCGAAAUAAAAAACAAGUGGAACAGUUUGCGUUGCUCCUUCCGGACAACUUUAAACAAAAUGAAUUCAACAAAGAGUGGACAAGGAGCUUCUACCAAGCAACCACCACAAAUCUUCCAUUUGUUAAAGUUUCUAGAACCGACUUUGCGAUUGGAGGCACCAACAAUUUCAAAUUUAUCAGAAGUAUGUAUGCAUCAUUUACAGUACACAUAUUUUGUUCUAUUGUAUUACUAAUUUCGUUUCCUUGUAUGACUUGGGUACUUUGGAUACCAUUGAUGAAAAUGAGAACACUCAGACACCAACUAUUGUCGCGAAACGACGCCGUAAUGACGAUUCGUCGUAUAUUAAAGUAGUAGAACGCGCUUUGGAGACCACGGAGGAAGCUUCCAAGUCGGAUAUUUGGGAUGACAUAGGCAGUUUCGUUACAGCAAAUGGACGCGAGUGGCUCACAAAGUUCCCUGCAUUAGCUGUCGAAUUUAAAACAGAAAUAUAUAAACUUGUACUCAGAUUCCAAGAGAAGGAAACAGAAGCAGAAAUACAAUUCUUAUAAUGCUGUAGCUACACAUGCAUGUGUAUAAGUUCUUAUUAAUUCAACUUUCUUUCGAUAUUUUUUUAU